UCCGGAAACGGACACGGGGCUCUUGCGGCCCAGCUGCUUCCGGCUGGGGAAAAUGGCGGCGGCCGGGGCGGCGUCGCGGGAGCUGCUGGUGGACUGGUGCACUCAGCAGUUGCGCAAAACUUUCGCCCUGGACGUCAGCGAGGAGAUCAUGCAGUAUGUUUUAUCGAUUGAAAGUGCUGAAGAGAUACGGGACUAUGUUACUGACCUCCUUCAGGGAAACGAGGGCAAAAAAGGCCAGUUCAUAGAAGAACUUAUAGCUAAGUGGCAAAAGAAUGAUCAGGAGUCCAUUUCUGAUGCCCUGCAGCAGUCGUUCAAGAAAGAUGAAAGUUUAGAUGGACAGAAAUCAGGAGACCAGCUAAAGAAGAGUCGGAGGAAAGGGAGAAACAGACAGGAAGUUCCUGCAGUUGUUGAACCGGAUAUAGCUGUAGAAGUCAAAACCCCUUUUGAUUUGGCCAAGGCACAGGAGAACAACAACUUAAAGAAGAAGACAAAGUUUGUGAGUUUGUACACAAAGGAAGGGCAGGACAGACUCGCGGUCCUGAUCCCCGGCCGCCAUCCUUGUGACUGCCUGGGCCAGAAGCACAAGCUCAUCUGUAACUGCCUGGUGUGUGGCCGCAUCGUCUGCGAGCAGGAGGGCUCUGGGCCCUGCUUGUUCUGUGGCUCCCUGGUCUGUACGCGGGAGGAACAGGAUAUUUUACAGCGUGAUUCAAACAAGAGCCAGAAGCUGCUGAAGAAGCUCCUGUCAGGGGCAGAGACUUCUGCAAAGGUGGACAUUCCUACCAAAGGUCUGCUUCCUUGUCAAGAACUGCGAAUUAAGUCUGGUCUGGAGAAGGCUAUCAAGCAUAAAGACAAACUGUUAGAGUUUGACAGAACCAGCAUUCGAAGGACUCAAGUUAUUGAUGACGAGUCAGAUUACUUUGCCUGUGACUCUAACCAGUGGUUGUCCAAAAUUGAACGAGAAACCUUGCAAAAGCGAGAAGAGGAGCUGAGAGAAUUCCGACAUGCUUCCCGGCUCUCCAGGAAGGUCACCAUUGACUUCGCGGGCAGGAAGAUCGUGGAAGAUGAGAACCCGCUCGCCGAAUAUCACACCAAACUAGAUGAGACAAUACAAGCCAUUGCCAACGGAACUCUUUGCCAACCACUGACCAAACUGGAUAGACCUUCAGAUGAACCGCUGGGGAUUCUGGUGAACCCUAACCUGUGCCAGUCCCCUCCCCAGUGGGUAGACCAGAUGGGCUCAGCCGCACAGAAGAAGGCUUUCCACUCGGCAGGAUCGGAAUUAGAGUUCCACUCCCAGCGACAACAGCUGCGGGUUCAGGACCAAGAGUUUCAGGAAGGCUUUGAUGGUGGCUGGUGCCUGUCCAUGCAUCAGCCCUGGGCCUCGCUGCUGGUCAGAGGCAUUAAAAGGGUGGAGGGCAGAACGUGGUACACCCCUCACCGAGGACGGCUUUGGAUUGCAGCCACGGCCAAAAGACCCGCCCCUCAGGAAGUCUCCGAACUCCAGGCCACCUACCGCCAUCUUCGUGGGAAAGAUGUGGAAUUCCCCAAUGACUAUCCCUCAGGUUGUCUUCUGGGCUAUGUGGACCUAACCGACUGUUUGUCGCAGAAGCAAUUUAAAGAUCAGUAUCCAGACAUGAGUCCAGAAUCUGAUUCUCCAUUUGUCUUCAUCUGCACCAACCCUCAGGAAAUGGCUGUGAAGUUUCCUAUUAAAGGAAAUCCCAAAAUCUGGAAACUGGAUUCCAAGAUCCAUCAAGGAGCAAAGAAGGGGUUAAUGAAGCAGAAGAAAGCUGUCUGACCCCUGGAGAAAGGGAGCCACCAGGCAGAGUGGGGCUCUGUCCAGAAACCACCCUGCAGCAGGAAUCAGAGGCUGGGCGUCAGGCUUGAAGCCCUCAGAAUUUCAACUCUUACCAAAUGUGUAUAUUUUUUCUUAAAGAGUGGGGUUCCUACUUUAUGUAAUGGGCUCAAAUCUUUGAAUACUUUUAUUUAUAAAAACCUAUUUUAAACACC